GGGCGUUUAGCUUGUAGAUUACUGCAUUCUGCAACAGCAGUCCGAUAAGCAAGGAGAAGAACUUGGAGACAGUCAGCUGCACGAAGAAGGGAAGAGCAGCACACCGGUCUGCGCUGCUCCCCCCGUCAUCCUGUCACUCCUCGGGUAAUUCAGCUGCGGACGACCGAGACACACCGUAGUUCACCCUGGUUUUGGGCCCGCGUCACAUGACUGAAGCGCUGCAGAUAACCCACUGGAGUCGUUCCCCUGCUCUCCCUGGACUCAGUCUGGAUACGGUCGUGAAGUGUUGUGGAAGCAGCGCCGCUCUCGUCCGCUCCGGUCUAGCCUGACAUGUUAAUUACAUGUUGGUAUUUAUACAUUUCGGCACGGAGCAUUAUCAGACAAACAUUCAACAUGGCCUCCAUCCUUCAGAAGCUCAUUACUCCCCUGUUCAGUGGGACCCCUGAGCCGCCCAGGAACAAGGUGACGGUGGUGGGGGUUGGCCAGGUGGGCAUGGCCUGUGCUGUGAGCAUCCUGCUCAGGGAGCUGGCUGAUGAGCUGGCGUUGGUUGAUGUGAUGGAGGACAAGCUGAAGGGAGAGAUGAUGGACCUGCAGCACGGCAGCCUGUUCCUCAAAACACCCAAGAUAGUUGCCGGCAAAGACUACUCCGUGACGGCUAACUCGCGCAUCGUCGUGGUAACGGCGGGCGUACGCCAGCAGGAAGGAGAGAGCCGGUUGAACCUGGUCCAGAGGAACGUCAACAUCUUCAAACACAUCGUCCCUCAGAUCGUCAAACACUCCCCUGACUGCAUCAUCAUAGUGGUGUCCAACCCAGUUGACGUGCUGACGUACGUGACCUGGAAGUUGAGUGGUCUGCCCAAGCACCGCGUUAUCGGCAGCGGCACCAACCUGGACUCGGCCCGAUUCCGGUACCUGAUGGCCGACAAACUGGGCAUCCACGCCAGCAGCUUCAAUGGCUGGAUCCUGGGGGAGCACGGGGACACCAGUGUCCCUGUUUGGAGUGGUACUAAUGUAGCGGGAGUGAACCUACAGACUCUGAACCCAGACAUCGGGACUGACGACGACCAGGAAAACUGGAAGGAGACGCACAAGCAGGUGGUUGACAGUGCCUAUGAAGUGAUCAAGCUGAAGGGUUACACUAACUGGGCCAUCGGACUGAGUGUGGCUGACCUCACGGAGAGCCUCAUCCGAAACAUGAACAGAAUCCAUCCUGUGUCCACCAUGGUCAAGGGCAUGUACGGGAUCGAGGACGAGGUUUACCUGAGCCUGCCCUGCAUCCUGAACUCAGGAGGCGUGGCCAGCGUGGUCAACAUGACCCUCACUGACGACGAGAUUGGCCAAUUGAAAGAGAGCGCCGACACGCUGUGGGGAAUCCAGAAGGAUCUGACGGACGUGUAAACGUGAUGAAAAAAAGGAAGCAGUGGGCACAGCACUCCUCUCAAGCCCACGAGGUGCAUCGCAAAGACAUCUCCUUCUUUCCUGAAUUGUAUGCUUGUUUACAUCGCUGCCGACAAAGGAUGGCGGUGGUGUGGUCUAGUGGGAGUGGACGCAGAAUGGUGGUGGUGUGGUCUAGUGGGAGUUUACGCAGGAUGGUGGUGGUGUGGUCUAGUGGGAGUGGACGCAGAAUGGUGUCCUUCUAAGUCAGUGAACAAGUGCAUAUUUCUGGAGGCAGUAGGCGUCAUUGGGACAUAGACACAGUAAUUUCUCUAUCACCUAACGCUCAACGUGUCACUUAGCCGACGCUUUUAUCCGCAGCAACCUACAAUCCACCAAAUGCAUUACAUCUUCAUUACUAAUCUGGGUUUGGUCUGUUUGCUAAUUCAUCCUAUAUCUGGGGCAAACGCUAUACACCGUUUCCAACACUAUCCAGCAAUCUGCUAGUCCUUUUAGCUUCCAUGGCUUCUGGGGAUUGGAGACAGAACUGAUUUUUGAAGGAGGGCAGGUUAAAGUCUGUUUAGGCACAUAAAUGCUGUUUAUGCUAUUUAAAUUAUUUAUUGUUCAGGUUUGUGAUAAGUGAACGCUUCAGUCGUUUUUUUCCCUUGUCAAAAUUAAGGGAAAUGUGUGAAUUGUUGUGAAGUGUAAAUAAAGAAAGAAAAAAUA